GUCACUACCAACUUAACGCCAACUAAAGGCCACGAUGUCUUUUGACGUGUCCAAGAUGCCCAAUAUGCAGGCCCCGAGCAUUCCCACGGCAGAAUUCCACCAGCCCAUCGGGUUUGUAUGCUGCCAGUGCGAAUGGCGUAGCAGCGGUAGCUAUUGCUCAAACCCACACGUGCCAAACUGCCCACACCGCACGGCGCCCCGCUGCCAGAACUGCCUCAUCAUUUUCACGGAUCCGAAAAGGGGGGCGGAUGGAGAGAAGGAAAUCAAAGGGAGACAGAACUCGUCGGGAUCUGAUAGCUCAGACCAGCAUAGCAGCGGUUCGGUCAACCAAACACCCUGAGCAGUAGGGUAGAUCACUGGGA